CUCAACAUCAACCAAUCAAUUUUGGUUAAGAUUUUAUAUGCCAAAACCAAAACUAACACAACCACUACAACCUUAGCAGCUCAGCCACAAAAUGAGCAGCACACAACUUUCAGACCAAAUCUUCCGGCCAUUAAUCCCCGCCGCGUGCGUCAGUUUCCGGCGGCUGAGCACCACCAAGCCCAAACUACUGCCCUGCCCACGCCCUAAAUCUUUGAAACACAAACACUUAACGCAAAAAUCCAAGUGGGCUGUUAGGCUAAGCUUAGUGGACCAAGGCCCGCCAAAAUCAACGUUUGACGUGGAACAGCUAGUAGGGUUUUUGUAUGAGGAUCUGGUUCAUCUUUUUGAUGAUCGGGGAAUUGAUAGGACGGCGUACGAUGAGCGUGUCAAGUUCAGGGACCCAAUCACCAAGCAUGACACAAUAGCUGGGUACUUGUUGAACAUAGCCUUCUUGAAGAUUGUGUUCACGCCUAGGUUCCAGUUGCACUGGGUCAAACAGACAGGACCAUAUGAAAUCACUACAAGGUGGACUAUGGUUAUGAAGUUCAUCCCUCUGCCUUGGAAACCAGAAUUGAUCUUCACAGGAACCUCUGUCAUGGGCAUCAACCCCGAGACUGGGAAGUUCUGCAGCCAUGUGGACUUCUGGGAUUCUAUAAAGAAUAAUGACUACUUUUCUUUAGAAGGUUUGUUGGAUGUAUUCAAGCAGCUGAGGAUUUACAAAACUCCAGACUUGCAAACACCCAAAUAUGAAAUACUAAAAAGAACUGCAAACUAUGAGGUAAGAAAGUAUGCACCUUACGUAGUGGUAGAAGGACCAGUAGACAAGCUGUCCGGGUCAGCUGGUUUCGGUGAUGUUACCGGGUACAUCUUUGGAAAGAACUCGAAAAUGGAGAAGAUACCGAUGACUACUCCUGUCUUCACCGAGGCAUCUGAUGCUGAACUUUCCAAAGUAUCCAUCAAAUUAUGUCUUCCACUGGACAAGGGCAUAAGCAGCUUACCAGAUCCCAAUCAAGAAACAAUUAGCUUGAAAAAGGUGGAAGGAGGCAUUGCUGCCGUUGUCAAGUUCAGUGGAAAGCCUACCGAAGAGAUUGUUCGGGAGAAGGAAAAAGCGUUGCGUGCUAGUCUGACCAGAGAUGGUCUCAAACCAAAGGAGGGUUGUUCGCUUGCCCGUUACAAUGAUCCAGGCCGAACUUGGAGCUUUAUGUUGAGGAAUGAAGUACUGAUAGGGCUGGAAGAGUUCACAUUGGAUUAGCAUAUCCAACAUGUUCUUCGACUAACUCUCCAUGUCAAUGAAUCUUCUCAACAUGCACGGUAAGAGUUCAUUUUUUGGCUAACAAGGUACUAGAGGAGUUUUCUUUAGAAAACUAUGAUCUGAUACCAUGUAGAAUGAUGAGAUUAUAUUCAUAUCUUAAUGUACAUAUUUACACAAGUCAUGACCUGAGAUACAAGUAUGGUUACUUGAUUUAUAGAUCUAGGACACGUAUCCUAACCAUAGAAUCCUUAGCACCCUACCCGCCAUGCGUAGCCAGGGUGGGUAGCAAAUAACGAAGAAAAAAAAAUCCAUAGAAUCCUCAACGGAUUCUCCCUAUGUAACAUCUUCCCAUUGAUGGCUUCUAUCGAAUCGAUAUAUUCACAUUG